GAACGUCUUUUUCGAUUGGAUUUCCCGGUUGCUAUUUACGGCAGACGACACACACAGCGAAACUUUGUCCACAUUGCCAACGUCAUGUCAGAGGCAGAUAUGAAGAAGAGGAAGCCAAACUGGACGAAAGAGGAGGUUUUACUGUUGACGGAACUAGUGAAAGCAAAUGUACAUGUGUUGGAAGGAAAGUUUGGUCCGGGCGUGACAUCGGCGAGGCGUCAAGAGGCGUGGCAGGUUAUUACAGCUACCCUCAAUUCCUCUGGUUCACACCCGAGAACAAAGGAAGAGGUGGAAAAAAAAUGGAAGAACGUGAAAAGCCAGGCAAAACACAAGUACUCCGAAUUUGGGAAACUGACAAAAGGAACUGGAGGUGGACCAGCACCAGCACCAAUCAGCCCAGUGACCAAUGCAGUCAUUGAUAUCUUAGGCCAGGACAACGUGACCCUAACUGGUGUGCCAGGUUCAACUGACACGACAAUGCUGCAGGUGCUGGAUUUGAUGCCACCUACUGACAGGGAGAUUUAUGACACUGCCAUGUCAGAUCCACAUCCUCAACCAGAAGGAGCCAACAUGUAUUCCAAGGAGCCAGAUGUCACAGGGUCCCUCACUUCACCAACCGUGGAAACUCUGUUGAAGCAAAAAUUAAAGCUUGAAAUUGAAUGUCUCACUUUGAAAAAGGAAUACCUUAAAUUGACAAUCACGAAACUGAAUUAGCUAAAAGUAUCAUAC